AUGUCCUUCUUUGUUCCGGAAGUAAUGUCCUUCUUUUACAAAUAUAGAUUAUUUGCAGCUGCAUUGUGCGCUACAUGUGACGAAGGAUGGCGAUUUUCACCUCAUUCUCGAAAAUGUUACAAAUAUUUUCCUAAAGCAAUGACAUGGACUGAAGCUGAAUUUCAUUGUCUGAUGCAACGUAGCCAUUUAUUAUCAAUACAUAAUUUGAGGGAAAAUAAAUUUGCUAAAGAAAUAGCCCGUGAUGGAUCCGAAGUGUGGCUUGGUUCUGCGAAAUUCGGAAAAUCGACCAAAUUCGAAUGGUCUGACAAAACAUUAUUCAAUUUUAAUCGCUGGAAAAAUGGUCAAAAACCCGUAACAAAAUCAAUAAAGCCAUGCACUAAAAUGAAUGUUACAAAUGGUGAAUGGUUUCAAAGUUGCUGUCGGGUAGUUGCAGCAUAUAUUUGUCAGAAAGAUCCGCAAUCUCCGAAACCGCAUGUUAACAAAGAGCAGAAUACUUAUGAUACGACCGGAAAAAAUUUUGCUCUGAAUCAAAAAUGGCGAUUUCUAUUACGAAAAUAA